ACCUAUUUUUCCCUGUCCCCUCCACACUUCACACCCUUUUUUUUCCCUUCUCUUCUUCUCAUCACCUCAUCCCAUUCACUCUCUUCUCUCCACUCCAUUCCAUUCCAUUCCUCAUCACCCUCCCACAGCCAUGUCUCUCAGCAUCCUCUCAAGGGCCAUCAAGCCCACCAUGGUCGCAAACGUCCGCACCAUGGCCUCAAAGUCCAAAGCAUUUGUCAAGUACGACUGGACUGAUCCUCUCAACCUGAACUCACAGCUCACUGACGAGGAAAUCGCUGUCAGAGAUGUUGCCCGCGAGUACUGCCAGGAAAAGUUGAUGCCUCGCGUCAUUAAGGCCAACCGCUUUGAGAACUUUGACAGGGAGAUCUUGUCUGAGAUGGGAGAGCUCGGUCUCUUGGGAUCUACGAUCGAGGGAUACGGCUGCGCCGGUGUCUCAUCCGUUGCAUAUGGUUUGACCGCCCGUGAGGUCGAGAGAGUUGACAGUGGUUACCGCUCUGCCAUGAGCGUGCAGUCCUCCUUGGUCAUGCAUCCCAUCUACGCUUACGGUACCGAGGCCCAGAAGGAGAAGUGGUUGCCUCGCUUGGCCAAGGGUGAGAUUGUUGGAUGCUUCGGAUUGACCGAGCCCAACCACGGUUCCGACCCCGGUUCGAUGGAGACCGUCGCUAAGAAGGUCAAUGGCCACUACGUUCUCAACGGCUCCAAGACCUGGAUCACGAACUCGCCCAUCGCCGAUGUCUUUGUUAUCUGGGCCAAGGACCAGUCCGACGGCAACAAGAUCAAGGGCUUUGUCCUUGAGAAGGGCAUGAAGGGACUCUCGGCACCUAAGAUCGAGGGCAAGUUCUCGCUUCGGGCCUCGAUCACCGGUAUGAUCAUGAUGGAUGAUGUCGAGGUUCCUGCCGAGAACCUCCUCCCGAACGUCCACGGCCUCAAGGGACCCUUUGGAUGCUUGAACAACGCUCGCUUCGGUAUUGCAUGGGGCGCUCUCGGAGCAGCGGAGUUCUGUCUGGCCCAGGCUAGAGACUACACGUUGAACCGCAAGCAGUUCGGUGUCCCAUUGGCGCGCUUCCAGUUGAUGCAGAAGAAGAUGGCGGAUGCGAACACGGAGAUUGCGCUCGGACUCCAGGCCUGCCUGCAGGUUGGCCGUUUGAAGGACGAGGGCAAGAUUGCACCGGAGAUGAUCUCGAUGAUCAAGCGUAACUCGUGCGGAAAGGCCUUGGAGAUCGCCAGGAACUCGCGUGAUAUGCUCGGAGGCAACGGUAUCAGCGACGAGUACCAUAUUAUCCGCCAUGUUAUGAACUUGGAGGCCGUUAACACGUAUGAGGGAACGCAUGAUGUCCAUGCCUUGAUCUUGGGACGUGCUAUCACUGGCUUGCCCGCCUUUGCUGCUACGGACUAGAAGAAAAACCGAUGGCGUACAUUUUACCUAUAGGCCUGCAAUACCUUUUAUAAUGCUUGGCUUUUGUGUUUAUACAUUUAUUCUUUCUGUAGUCAAAAUAAAACAUCU